CAUGUCGAUAUAUCACCGUCGAUCGGAUUUGAACCACGAAGAACACGAACUGCGGUCUUGGGCAAAUAAACUGCGCCCCUCGGCGUGCCUUUUUGAACGACGCCGUGUGUUAUCGCCGUUAUCAGCGAAUCGAGCGCACCUAUGUGCGUGUUAGUGACUGGCCACGAACCACCGCCUGCGUCGCAGGAAUCGCCGGGAGUCGAUAGGUUUAGUCGUUGUUACCGCAGUGCAGUGAAAACAGUGAAAUAGUUGAUAGAACGGCACGAUGGAAGAGGUCGCCAUCGCCAAGGUUGAUGGGUGGUCCAAGAAAUGGAUCAAAAUCUUUCUCUGCAUGACCUGUACAGUGCUGUGUUAUCUUGCAGUCCUGCUUAUGACGAUCAGCACCGUUAGUAAACUACAGUACGUCCAGUUGGACGUCUUUAUGGAUACGCGGAUGUACCGGAUGAUUCUGUUCCUGGUUCUGGUCGCUUCGUUAGCGUUCAUGUUGGCCUUCGUAGGGUUCUUGGGGACGUGGAAAGAAAAUCGUCCAGCCCUCUACACGUUCUGUAGCCUUCUGGUCGUCUUUUCGCUGAUGGAAAGCACGGUUGCGUUUAUCGGUUACACACAACGGCAGCAUAUCGAGUCGGACAUGGAAUCGAAUCUGUGGCUCGCGGUGAAUAACUAUCCCCUGGACAUAACCUGGCAACCGUACGUCGAUGUGCUGCAAAUGCAGUUACAGUGCUGUGGCGUUGACAGCUACUCCGACUGGUUAAGGGCGCUUCCGCCGGACGAUCUGGCGCCCGAGGAUGCGGUCUCGAUGUUCCAAAACGUGCCCCUAUCGUGCUACGAUCCGACCGACAUUACGCGUCGCAAAAUUUUCGAUUCCGGAUGCCACAGUAAGCUGUACGAUAUUUUCUACGAAACCGGAAGGACGGUGCUGCUCAACACGCUCUGUGCGGUUAUAUUGCAGCUCUUUGCAGCAUUUUUCACUUUCUACCUGCUUGGCAAACUGAAACGGUUCCCCGAGUGCAAGGAGAAAAGGGCCAUCAGUGAGCAGAACGCAUUUGGUUAUUCCAAAAUGCAGAGCACUUACGGUGGGUCCACGGGGAGUGUGUAAACGGAGCAUUGAGCAAUCUGGAGCAGUAAGAUUAUUUUCGUGUUUCCUGUUCCCGCAUCAAGGUAAUGCGCCGCUUAUCAGCAUGAUAAAACCCUUCCGAUAACACAGGUUCAGGUAGUUAGAAGUAUGUGGAGAGAGCGAGUGAUAUCAUAGAAAUACGCUGAAACCGCGCCCCAUACAUACCCGUAGUGGUUGGCUUGUUUCUUGUUUCGUACUUGUAGAUUUAAUUACGCCCUAACCGAUUGCCUGUAGAAAAAUUGUAACUGUUCAUUCGACCAUCAAGAUGCGAACAAUCAUAACCAUUAAGUCCAAUGUUCCUCUAGCAUGAUAAAAUUCGAUUCAUAUUGUAAAAAGCACACGCAAAAAACAAUAAUGUUGACGUAAGUUCUGACUGAGCCGAAA